CCGCUUUUCGCCCACUCGCAAAGAAGCUUCGGCACAAGCUGAAAUGAGCGCCGAGGUGUUUUCUUUGUCCGAGUGUCUGGAUUCCGGCGACCUUGCCGAUGUGGAGAUAUUGGUGAACUCCUCCCACUUCCCGGGCACGAAGGCCACCUUCAAAGCCCACAAGAUGAUCCUGGCUGUACAGAAUGAAGUGUUCAGGGCCAUGUUUUACGGUGACUUCGCUAAGGAGGACCGCGUAGUCAUCACCGACUUGCACCCGGAAGGCGUCAGAGGCCUCUUGCGGUACUUCUACAGCGGACGUCUGGACGUGGCUAACGUGCAUCAGGCCGCCUGCACCCGCACCGCCGCCGCCAAGUACCUCGUCCCGAAACUGGAAGAGAGAUGCCUGUCCUUCGUCGAAGACUACAUGAGCCUGGACGACGUGUGUCCUGUCCUGGACUACGUUCUCACCAUGGGCGAAGAAAACCUGCUGGACCACGCCAGCGUCCUUAUCAGUCAGGACAGUCUCGGGGUGCUUAGCUCGUCUAGGUUUCCUCUCUCCAUUGAGCUCACUGUGAGAUUUAUCCUCAGCCACGCGACCAACCUGCCCGAGGUAUCGGUGGUGAACGCAGUGUACAAGUGGGCGCAUAAUGAGGCGCUGUCACGCGGCACUGCGAGCGAUCAACAGCCCGAUGUUCGUCCCUUUAUGGUGCCGCUUUUUCCCGAGCUGCGGUUCCUUGCGCUGACGCCGAAAGAGUUUGUCGAAGGUCCCUUGGUGUGGAAAGUCUUCACCACUGACGAAGCUCUAGCCAUAUUGAGCAACAUCGUGAAAGGAGGCUCGAUGAUCAUGCCAAAAGGAUUUUGCCAGAUCCGGGAGGCUCGUGUGCUCACUCCUAAAGAAACUCUCGACACCGAAUGGACUGUCUGCAAAAAGGCUAACCGUCGUAACAGGCGGCGGUAAAACGAUGGGUACAAUAUCUGCUUGUUAGAGCUAGUGAAUCGUACUAACAGAUCCGCAUUCUUAGUAAAAAUAUUCGUUGAGAGUACUAACCAUACGUUAUUAAAAGUUCGCCACAUGUUUGUUCCUAUUCUUUAUUUAUUUAUUUAUAGAAUACUGCGGACAAAAAGUCCAAGCAGGGUAAGCAAUAUACACAUGAUACACACUAAAUAACAGAAUGAAACAAGGUUUCAAAGCGUUUUUUACACAAUUUCUUUGGAUAU